CAGAGCUGAUAGAUAGAGAGCUGUUGGAUCAGACAUGAAAAAGUCGGUAAGUUUAACAUCUGAAGACUCCCUUCCUCCGCUGGAAGAUUAUGUGGACUCUGUCUGCACCGACGAGCUGCUUGGCUCUCAGUCCCGCAUCUGGCUGGCGGACCUCCGGAUGAGGGACAGGCCUCCGGAGAGCGGGGACCUGAGCUCGGUCGGCCGCGACGGACUGUACGUGGACAAUUAUUUCCCCGUGGGAGAGCUGGAGAUGCAGCCCGGGGUCCAGUGGAAACGACCAAAGGAGCUCUGUGCCUCACCUCAGUUCAUAGUAGAUGGAGCUUCACGACUGGACAUCUGCCAGGGAAGACUCGGGGACUGCUGGUUACUUUCUGCCAUUGCAUCUCUCUCCAUGAAUCGUUCCCUGCUCCAGAAGGUCAUGCCUCUAGAACAGAGCUUCCAAGAUGGGUACAAUGGAUGCUUCGUCUUCAGGUUCUGGCAGUACGGACAGUGGGAGGAGGUGAGGAUAGACGACUUGUUGCCCACUAAGGGCAACGAGCUUAUCUACCUCAGCUCCCCAGACAAACACGAGUUCUGGAGCUCCCUGCUGGAGAAGGCUUACGCCAAGCUCAAAGGUGGCUACAGAGCUCUGGACAUGGGCUUCCCUCAUGAGGCUAUGGUUGAUAUGACGGGCGGGGUGGCGGAGGUUUUUGACAUUGUCUCACUGCCCAGAGACCUGCCAGCCUUCCUCAGACACCUGCUGGAUAAAGGAGCAUUCAUCAGCUGUGCCAACUGCAGGGGUCCUUUGGAGAAAAAGAAUGAAUUCGGGAUCAUGUUCAGACAUGCCUACUCUGUGACUGCAGUAGAGAAGGUGAAGACGACAUACGGCACCGAGGAUUUGGUGCGAAUCCUCAACCCCUGGGGCAACACGGAGUGGGAGGGGCCCUGGAGUGACAUGAAAGGUCCAGAGUGGAACACAGUGAGCGCCAUAGAGCAGAAAAGACUAGACAGAAUCAGCUGGGAUGACGGGGAGUUCUGGAUGUCGGUGUCAGACUUCCGGCAGCAAUUUGAGAUUAUGGAGGUUUGUCACCUGACUGACAAUCUCAGCGAAGGCUCCAGCAAGCUGCCGUGGAGCUGCAUAAUGCUUCAUGGGAGCUGGGAGCCGGGCACCACAGCAGGAGGCUCUCACCAAGGGGGUUUGUUCUGGCAGAACCCUCAGUUCUACUUCGUCCUGUCAGAGGUGGACAGUGGCACAGCCAACACUCAGAAGACCUGCUCCUUCAUUUUGGCUCUGAUGCAGAAACACCUGGGACGUAAGGGCAUUAACCUGGCCGUAGCCCUGUACAUAUUCCCGGCCCAUCCUAAGAAUACAUAUCUGACGGCUGGGGACUUAAGCGUGCUCCGCCCGGUCCUCUGCAGCCCUCAGUACGUCUCACGUCGGGAGGUUCUUCUUCGCGGCUCCCUUCCACCAGGUCGUUACAUCAUCAUCCCUUCAACUGCAGAGCCCAAUCAGCAGGGAGAGUUCCUACUGCGGGUGCUGACAGAGCAGGGCAAUGCUGCCACUCCAGCUCACAGUCCAAAGGCACAAGAAAUCUCUCCAUCAACACAGCCUUCAUAUCCUCACGAGACUGCCCUUCCUUCACUUAAAUCUACCAAACAGCUGUUCAUGAAACACUGCAAUAAGAAUGGGUUUUGCAAACCAGUGAACCUCUACAAACUGCUGAUUGAGGCCAUACAGGGAGGAGUGUUGGCCGGAAGUGAGAAGUACUUGGAUCUGGAGCACUGCAAGAGCAUGGUGGUCCUCAUGGAGAGCCAAGACAUUGCUCAGCUAAACUGGCCAGAGUUCCAGGGUCUGUGGGACAAAAUCCGGAAGUGGACGGAUAUCUUUCUUGUGGUGGACAAGAAUAAAACUCAGCGGCUUGAGUAUCAAGAGGUCAGCCCCGCUCUGAAGGCAGCAGGCAUCGUGGUGGAUGAUUUGGUAAUGCAGGUGGUUGGACUGAGAUACACAGAGCCGGACUUGACCAUCAGUUACCCCGGCUUCCUGUACCUGCUGAUGAAGCUGGAGAGCAUGAUCCGGAGCAAAUUUCAAGCGUACGACAUGGUGGGGAUGGGAACCAUAACCAUCAGCUACAGACAGUGGCUCCACAUGACCAUGUACAACUGACCUGACCUGGUUCACUCCCGGACCUUACGGAUUCAUCAGGAUUUGCUUUUUUAAAUUUUAGAGUUAAUGUGCCAUUAUUUGCCAGAUGUGUGAAAGUAGAUUGUCCUCCACAAUCCAACGAUCCAGCCAGAUUUUUUAAUUAUCAAAAACUGAGCCCACGGUGUAUCAAUUUGUUCCAAUGUUCAUAAAGAAAUGACAAAAUGUUGAUGUCAUGAUAGAUGUAGUUUGGUAAAUUUCAGAAUUGUAUCUCAACAAUUUUAUUUUUAUGGAGAUUUGUCCAAAAUCAGCAAUAAGUAUUUGUGAAAAAAAAUAAAAUACGGACAUUUUUGUGCUGUCUAGCUUAAGUACAAAAAGGGUGCCAAAGGGUGAAGCCAUGCAUGGUUUGCCCUUUGUGUUUAAUGUUUAAGGUUGAGAGUUUGAGCCCUGGGUGAUGCAGAAUAAACAUGCCAAUACCUACUCAGGCAUUGUGCUGUGUGGAUUAGAGACUCAUGACUUUAAGGUUUAAUGGCAGUUUUGGUCUGGACAGUUCUGCUGACGGACCCUCCUGUAUUUCUCAUGUCUGCCUCCUCCUCUUCCUCCUUCUUCUUCCUUCUAAAAAUGCCUACCCCUGACUAUAGCAACAGCUAUAUUGUUCGUCUUGUAUGCUUUCAUCAUAUAAUCAAACAGUAACAAUGGAAACACCUUUAAGAAUUCCCUUCAGUCGUGAAAACAACAGAGGUGGAAGGUCAAAGCAAGAUGGGAUGAAGUUUAUGAUUCACUGUGUUGGUGACACUUGAUCAAAGGUCACCUCAAUGAUUUAAUGAAUAAAACUUGAUGAUGAUCACCUUUAUAGUCCCCACAGCUGUCAUUUCUGAGCCUUAAUUAUGGAUAUUGGACCUGGUCCCACUCCAGUCAUAUAAGAAACAGCAGUGUAAAAUAACUACCUUUAACUGUUCAAUACUUAAAUAGAUCAUUUUUGCUCAUCGGUGGUUUCAUUAAA